CGAAGAGAUUGAUAUGGAUUAUAUUCGGGAUCAAAUUGAAGAUUCUAUCGCCUCAUAUGCGAACUCUCUAGAAACGAAUCCGUAUGACACGAUUUCAGCGGCAAUUGCUGACGAUUUUCUUUAUGGCACUACAAGAAACGAUUUCAGAAAUCGCAUGAACGCCAUCGAUCAGCUUAAGUAUCUCGCUAAGGCUCCCAAGUCAUAUUGGAUUAACCUGAUAGACGACUACUUUGUGGAUACAGCAUAUGCACAAUCCAUUGGCAUUCCUAGUAAAGCGGAACUUGACCGUUUGACGAAAGAAAAUGAAGAACUAGUCCCAAAGCGCAAAGCGAAAUUGGGUCCAGAAGGAUUGAAAAAGAAAGCAGAGGAAUUGGCUGAUGCUAUUGCGAUAAAUUCACGACCAGUGCCAGACUCGGUGAUUACUUCGGUACCUGUACCAAGUAUUGGAGACAUUGACUUCUUUGACGUUGAAAUUUAUCGUACCAAUGACGACAAUGCCAACCAACCGGAAGGAUUGGACUUAGAUUCGUGGCCGAUUUAUGCGGAAGCGUACGAUUGUCGCACAAAUUAUAUUUACAUAACGAUUACAAUCUUUACCGGUGAUGUGAAACCGACCCUUCGACCUUAUUUGUAUUUGUUGUUGAAAUUGAUGGCUGAGUCAAAAAUCAAUCAUGACGCCGAAAUGGAUGCUCUCAAUGACUUUGAAACGAUUAGUUUUGAUUAUCGUAUGGGUCUGACCGAACCGUUGAAGUCAUUCAGUUGUGGAUCAUUUUCGCAGACAGCGUCAGUGUUAAUGCAAGUGGAGCAAUGGCAAUACGAUAUCGGCAUUAAGUAUCUCUUGGCCCGGCUUCAAUACACUACAUUCAAUGCAACGAUGAUAAAAGAUGCGGCGUCGUCAUUGUUGAACGAUUAUAUUCCGUCGGCCUUGAAUCACGAAUAUGCAUCAAUUGAUUUACUGAACUCUAUGUAUUACAAAGCAGAUUCCAAUUCGAGAAUGUAUUCGACAUUGAUUCAGAAAAAGUUCCUAACUUCUCUCAUCGCAUCGAUGGAUGACGAAACUGCUGCAAAGCAGAUCUUAGAUGACAUUCGAAUUUUACGUGAGCAAGUAAUUUCGACAGCGAAUCUAGCCGUACACAUAACGGCAGAUUUCACUAAACUAAUUAAAUCGAAAGUGGAUUUGAAUGCUCCGUGGAAACUUUUCAACUUUGGACCGGGUUCGAAAACACUCAAUGUGGUUUCCAAUACAGAGGUUAUGGUCGAUGUGGCGUCGAUAAGUGGUCAGGGAGAAAUCGUUGGAGUUGAUCAAGAGACGUCGUAUGUGUCUCAACAUUCACCGGGAGUAGUCUAUAGCGAUCCAGAUUUACCGGCUUUGACUGUUGCUUGUGCAUAUUGUACACAAAUUAUGGCGUCGCGUACGAAGUCCUGGCUAUUCUUAUUAUUACAGAUUGUUCCUUAUUCCAUCCGACGGUGUAGUCGAAUUUCAAUUAUACAAAGCUUCGGAUGUCGUUCGUGCAUACAACGAAUCGAUGAAAGUUAUCAACGAACUAACUCAACCGGACGCUGUGUGGAACCAAAAUUUAAUUGAUUCGGCUAGAAGUGCAGCAAUUUAUGUGGUUGUCAAUCGAGUCCCAAAAUUGGUUAGCGUACAUCAAGAGUCAUUAAAUUUGUCAUUCGAAAAAGUUGCCGAUAGUUACAUCAAGGACCUCGUUUCCAAAAUUUCAGCCGUCACCGUCGACGAUGUGAAACGCGUUGCACAAAAGUAUAUGACGAAAAUCUUUUCGAAAACGGAAGCAAAAACGGCCAUUGUGUGUAAUGGAAAAGAAGGCCCAAAAAUAGCAGAAGGUUUAAAGAACCUCGGUUACGAUUUGCCCUAUCGGACAUCAUGGGAAGAGACGUUGCUUAAUAAAUAGAAUUCUUUGUACGUUAUUGUUGUA